UCUUCACUCAUCGUGUCUCCGCAUUUCUUCGAGAAUUUAACGAAAAUUAAGUGAACGGUGCAUGACGAGCGCAUCAGAACUCUUCUCUACUCGAAGAUCGCGUCCGGGCAGAUCCGACCCGGCUUUCGAAUCCGGUUCUUCUCUGUAUCGACAUAACUCACAUCAUCCUCGCCGUCACGGAACCCAUCAUAACAAUCACCGUCACGAUUCCGACGGAUGUGAUUCUCUCCGACGUGUUCCGCCGCGUCUCCGACGCUUCUGUCACAAUCUUGUUCUUCCGGAACGUGGACCUACUCGUGACGUCCAAGGCACUCCACAGUAUUUGGAAAGUGAAAGUAACAGUUUAGGGAACCAAGAUGGAUCCGAGAGGCUUCCUGGAUCUGUUCUUCUUGCAAGGGCAAGACUUGUCCAAAGAUUGAGAGGCGUUUCUUUGUCUACUAACAGUCGUAGCAACAUAGUUUCACCGGGAGAGAAUCAGAUAGAGUCGGCAGAUGGGGUUUUGUUCUAUGGAGAAUGCAGUAAGAAGCCACAAGGUCUCACACAAGCUGCCAUUAAUGGUUUACGCCGGCAAACUUUUAGCUCAGCCGAGGUUAAAACCGAGAGGAGAGAUUGUAGUAUAUGUUUAGAGAGUUUCACCAACGACGACAUGCUUAUAUCCUUGCCGUGUACCCAUAGUUUUCAUUCCUUGUGCUUAAACCCUUGGCUUAAAGCUUGUGGAAAUUGCCCUUGUUGCCGUAGAGCCAUAGCUAAAUGAUAUAGAAGCCUGUAAAUAGAAUCGUUCCUUAUCCAUAUACACGCAUCUUCCGUUCUUGCUCUAGACAGAUCUUCCAGUUUUGUCGCGCUUUUGAGUGUUUAUUCUGCCACAUGUUGUGUGUUUGUUAACGGUUUUGUUCACCGUAAUCUCUCUUCUUAAUGUCUUGUUGGUUAUCAAAGACUUUUUCCAUAUCUUGAUCCGACAUUUUAGUUGAGCACUUAAGUCAAAGCAAAUAUUAAAAUGGUCUCAAUCCAGAAACGUUUAAGCUCUGUUGUAUCCACAAAGAUGUCGUUAUCAUGCAUUCAUGUACAUGUUAUGAAGAUGCAAUCAUUUUAUGUAACUUUUAAAGAAAGUUAAGGAGAAAAGAGAAGACAGUUGUGCAAAAAAGUAUACUUUUCUGCU